GGCUUUUUCCUUCAACUGAAAACUCAGCAACAAAGCCUGUGGCUGAAGAUGGGUUGGGAUUCAUCAUACGAGCCCAAUGGCACAGAGGGCAACAACUUCUACAUCCCCAUGUCCAACAAAAGUGGAAUUGUUAGAAGUCCAUUUGAAUAUGCUCAAUAUUACUUGGUGGACUCUAUGAUCUACAAGCUUCUAGCCUUCUACAUGUUUUUCUUGAUCUGCACUGGAACCCCUAUAAAUGGCUUGACGUUGUUUGUGACGGCUCAGAACAAGAAGCUCCGCCAACCUUUGAACUACAUCCUGGUGAACCUCGCCGUGGCCGGACUCAUCAUGUGCCUCUUCGGCUUUACCAUCACCAUCACAUCUGCUUUAAAUGGCUACUUCAUUCUUGGACCCACCUUCUGUACUCUUGAGGGAUUCAUGGCCACACUAGGAGGUGAAGUAUCUCUCUGGUCCCUGGUUGCCCUGGCCAUUGAGCGGUACAUUGUUGUGUGCAAACCCAUGGGAAGCUUCAAAUUCACUGGAACUCAUGCUGGAGCAGGAGUCCUCUUCACUUGGAUCAUGGCUUUGGCUUGUGCUGCACCCCCCCUUUUUGGCUGGUCCAGGUACAUCCCUGAGGGCAUGCAGUGCUCCUGUGGACCUGAUUACUACACUCUGGCUCCGGGCUUCAACAACGAGUCAUACGUCACCUACAUGUUCGUUGUUCACUUCUUCAUCCCAGUAUUCCUGAUCUUCUUUACCUAUGGGAGCCUCGUCCUGACAGUUAAAGCUGCUGCAGCUCAGCAGCAGGACUCUGCUUCCACUCAAAAGGCUGAGAAGGAAGUAACACGUAUGUGCUUUCUGAUGGUGUUGGGCUUCUUGGUGGCUUGGUUGCCGUACGCAUCCUUUGCCGGCUGGAUCUUCAUGAAUAAAGGAGCUGCUUUCAGUGUUCUGACCGCUUCCAUACCUGCUUUCUUUGCAAAGAGCUCAGCUCUAUACAACCCUGUCAUCUACAUUCUGAUGAACAAACAGUUCCGUAACUGCAUGUUGAGCACUAUCGGAAUGGGUGGCAUGGUGGAGGACGAGACCUCAGUUUCAGCAAGCAAGACAGAAGUCUCUACCGCUGCUUAACGAAUCAUGUGUCUCAAUCAUGACAACUUUUGCAUGUCUGUGUACGCGUUUCUCAAUGAUUGCUUUCAGGAUUCACACGAGCCCAAUCAAAGAAAAGGAAAACAAUUUAGAACUGUUGCCAAAUGAAUUUAUGGAUUCAACCACUUCUGGAUCAAACAAAUGAAGGACUUUAGUCUAAUCUCGUUACAUGUGCAACCAAAUGAGUCUACCAUGACUGUGGGGGUUUUCUUACACAGCUUUUGCUCAAUGUGUGGCUGCGAGCGCAGAUGUGUGUGUGUGUGUGUGUGUGUG